AGCGCGAGCCGUCCUGGCUGUCAACAAGAAACAGCGUUAACAUCCGUUCGGACCUUGGAGGGUUACAUUUACCCAAAACUUAUUUUCAAAUGGGCCCCGUCGCCUAGCGUUUACUCCCCCAGCCUCGCCGACUGAGUUGAAUUGGGUGCUACUGAACAUCGAGCACGUCUGGGUCCCUAAAAGGUUUCCAUCAAGCACAGCGUACAGCAACCAACUACAGUAGAAUGGCGGCUAUUCCAGCAGGCGGUUCUCUCGUGGCGACCACUGACUACUACCGAAGGCGCAUCGGCUCUACGUCCAGUAGCAGCUCCUGUGGCAGUUCGGAGUACAGCGGAGAGGUCAUCCCUCACCAUCCAGGACUCCCCAAGCAGGACUCUGGCCAUUGGUGGUCCAGUUUCUUCUUUGGGAAGCAGCCAGGGAUGACCCCUCUGACUGAGGAGGCACAGCAGAAGGCGGGGGUUACAGGUGCAGUAACAAACGGUCAGAUCACCUGCGUUGCCAGGGAGAUGGUGAUGCAACGCCAGGUGAGUGAGAGCAGCGAAGCAGGAAGCCCCACCUCCUCCUGAUCCUGCAGUCUCACUCUGACCCACGCCGCACCUCGGGGGGGAUUUGAACCAACGACCAACGCUAGGUGACGGGAGGGUGUCCCGUUUACAACCUUUAGUUUUUUUUUAUUCAUUGUAGUGACAGGCUGCCUUACUUGUUCCUGUAACCUUGUGUUUUUUUAUUGACUACCAAGAAAAAAGAAAAAAGGAUUAAAAAAAAAAAGACGAUAAUGCAACUGAUAAGCUCCUUUGUGUUUUUUUUUUUUUUUUUUUAAACAUUUGUACUGUUAAGUGUUUGUUAUACUGUGUUUCUUAGACACUGUGGUGCAUACACAUCCACAUGCCUUUGUUAAACAUUUUUCACUUUUGUCACCCUGUGAUUGCAAAUGCAAUAAAGUAGACUCUUGCAGCCUAAA